GUCUGCCAAUGCGCCGUAUAGGCGCCACGCGUGACUGACUGACCUCUCUUGGUCCUGGCCAGGCCUGGAGGGCGACCACUCUGUUACCGGAGCCAGGCUGGGCCAGGCCGCUCCAGGCGCGCGGGGAUCCAGCGCCGAUCACAGAAAUCCGCACGCAUUUCCGAAAGCGGCGCGUCACAAUCGCGAGCUGCCAGCAGUCUAGCGCGGCGUGUCGCAAUCGCGAGCUGCCCUCUGUGCCACGGAUGGUGGUGAGGAUGAGGUUGGCACAAGGAAGACGACCUCCCGCCUGGGGCGGCGCGCUGUCCCCCCCCCUCAGAGGGACGCAGGCCCGCAGCGCCCGCCGCGCCCCGCGGGCGCGAGGCGGGCGUGCACGAGGGACGCGCGGGGGUUGUGCCCCCUGGGUUGAUGGUGGCGCCUCGGCGGAUGGUGGGCGGCGGUGGUGGCGGAGGGAGGAGCGGGAGGAGGGGGAGGAGGAGCAGAAGGAGGAGGAGGAGGAGGAACCUGCGGGGAGCCAAGCGUGGAGGUCUGCAGACGGGCGCCCACUGGCCUAA